AUCAUUUCGUUCCAUAUCAACCCAAAAGAAAUACCUACAUUCUCCCUCUUUCUUUCUCCUCUUUCAAGGAAUAAAUAAAUAAAAAUCCCUCCCCGAUAAAAUAAAAAAAAAUAUCCUUACCUAUUUUCUUAGGAAAAAAAUGGAAAUAGAAGCAAAUAAUAAAAAAAUAAUAGCCAAAAAAUUAUGGAGUGUUCUUCGAAUAGUGUUUAUGAUGGUAAAGAAAGGAAUUUCAAAGAGCAAGUUAAUCUUAGACCUAAACUUGUUGUUUAAGAGAGGUAAUGAGUUAGCCGGUAAGGCUAUUAAUGGUCUUAUAAUCCAUCACAACUCUCUUAUUUGUAAGCCUAACAACCCUAACAACCACUUUUUUUCUCCUAAUUAUAAGACGGAGUACGAGUUUAGUUGUAGUAAUAGCCCGGAUUCGGGUCCUUUUCAGCUCAUGAUGGCUAACCAAAAGAGGUCGAAGUCCAAGCAUGGUCACCGCGGGCACAACUACCAUCUCGAGGACCCUACCACUAUGGCGGCCGUCCAACGGGUCCUCGAGAUGUUGAAUGCCAAUGAGGGGCCCACGGCCUCCCCAUUGGGAACGGGGGUCACCGGGCAAGGGCAAGGACAAUUUUCCUUGCCCGGAUUUGGAUAUGGGAAAAGUCCGCUAGCUAGACAGUUAAGAGUAACGGAUUCUCCUUUCCCGCUAAAAUACGGGAAAGGGAAUAAGGAAGAGGAAGAGGAGGAUGUUAAGGUUAAUAAGGCCGCGGAUGAAUUUAUUAAAAAGUUUUAUAGGAAUUUGAUGAUGCAAAAAUCAUUGGAAUCUCCUUGUCAUAUAGCUGCCCGUUGAUGAUGUAGGUUUAUCCUAGUCCGUAUCAAUUAAGGGAUGGUUUCUUAAGGAGUUAUUUUUUUUUUGUUGAAAAAUUGGGAAGGGCACACAGAUCGGGGACUGCAUCGCUGAAGGUUGUGUCAUAUCACUAUAUGAUGAUUAUGUUGGAUUAUUUUUUAAAAGUUUAUUAAGAAAAGGAUAUUACAAGAUGAUAUAUCGAUCUUUAAUGAUUAUAAGAAAAUUAUGUAUAAGAUAUAUCUUUAAUUAGAUCCAUGAUAAUCCAAUAUAUUUCUAUAUAUGUUGUAUA